AUGGCGAUGCUGAUAUCGUGUGGUGGUGCUGCAGUUGACAGCCGGGACCAUGGGGAAUCUCCUGACGCCGAGGCGAGCAAGCGCACACCCAAAGAAUCGCUGGACUACGGUGAUUUCGUUCUGGCAGCCCUAACUUCCUCUCAGACCGAGCACUACUUAGAUUUCCUGAACCUACCAACUCCGUCAAAACCAGACCAGCAGAGUCUUGACGCCCUCAUAGCAGCACAUCUCGAGCGAAUACCAUUCCAAAGCAUCGACACGUUCUUGGGCCACUUGGAGUCUAUGGAAGCCAGUGCUGUCUUUUCUAAGGUCGUCGUGGAAGGUCGCGGGGGAAACUGCUUCGAAUUGAACUCUCUCUUUGCGAGACUGUUGCUUUCGCUUGGCUAUAAAGUUCAGGUUCGCUGCGCCAGGAUUCGCUGGGCGGUUCCAGAGGAUCAUCCGCAGACGCCGGUCGAUCACAUGGUACUCUGCGUCAGCGAAGGUGACAAAGGAGCGCCAGGUCAAGAAAAGCUGUUCUUGGUCGACGUAGGCUUCGGGGGACCUUGUCCUCGGCGCGCUGUUCCGCUCGAAGGUGACGCGACGCCUUAUCGCCUUCGCACGCAAGAUGACGACUGGGCUAAGCCAAUCGAAGUGUCGAUCCUCAAUCAAGCUGGGCAAAGUUCCUGCUGGCUUCCCAUGUAUCAAGUUUUUGCUUACUCGCAUGAGUGGCCAGACUUCAUCGAUAAAUCGUGGUACUUUGCCACAUAUCCAGGCGUCGUCUUCCGUGAUGUUUUGGCAGUCAGCCGUUACGAAGGGGACUGCUGGCUGACGCUGCGUAACCGUCACUUCACUCGCCGACGCUGCACGUCCAGUGGGAUAGGAGCAGUGACUGAGCGUCGUCUCAUCACUAGUAUGCCAGAUUUACUCUCUCUGAUGGAUGGUGAAUUUAAAGUCAAGUUCGACCCAGACGUGUACGACAAACUGCGCGUGCACCUGCAGCUUCUUUAA